CUCCCAUUCCCUCUCGCCCUCGACGAUUUUUGCCAACUCCUCUCCAAUUACUUCUUCGGCAUAGCUUUCCUUUGGCGCUCGCUACAGUGUCCCGUUUCUAAUUUCACAAUAUUCAAAAUGCUGGCCAUUCGCUCUCUUGCCCCCAGACAAUGCCUGCGCGCCGCUCCCCGCGCUGCUGCUUGGUCUGUCGCUAACCAGCGCUUCUACUCUGCCUCUGGUGAGCGUGUUGCCAAGUACAACGGCACCAAGGACGCCCAGGGCAACUACCUUGUCAGCUUGAUCGAGGGUGACGGCAUUGGCCCCGAAAUCUCCGAAUCCGUCAAGGACAUCUUCAGCGCCGCCAAGAUCCCCAUUGCCUGGGAGUCUGUCGACGUCACCCCCAUCAUCAAGGAUGGCAAGACUGCUAUCCCCGACGCUGCCAUUGAGAACAUCCGAAAGAACAAGGUUGCCCUCAAGGGUCCUCUCGCUACCCCCGUCGGCAAGGGCCACGUCUCUCUCAACCUGACUCUCCGCCGUACCUUCAACCUCUUCGCCAACUUGCGUCCUUGCCGCUCUGUUGCCGGCUUCAAGACCCCCUACGACAACGUCGACACUGUCCUCAUCCGUGAGAACACCGAGGGUGAAUACUCCGGCAUUGAGCACGUUGUUGUCGAUGGUGUUGUCCAGAGCAUCAAGCUCAUCACCCGCGAGGCCUCUGAGCGUGUUCUCCGCUUCGCCUUCCAGCAGGCUGAGGCCAUUGGCCGCACCAAGGUCCGCGUUGUCCACAAGGCCACCAUCAUGAAGAUGUCCGACGGUCUCUUCCUCAACGUCGGCCGUGAGGUCGCCAAGGACUACCCCCACAUCGAGUUCGACGCUGAGCUCUUGGACAACACCUGCUUGAAGAUGGUUACCGACCCCAACCCCUACAACGAUAAGGUCCUUGUCAUGCCUAACCUCUACGGUGACAUUCUCUCCGACAUGUGCGCCGGUCUCAUCGGUGGUCUCGGCCUCACCCCCUCUGGUAACAUUGGUGACGAGUGCUCCAUCUUCGAGGCUGUCCACGGUUCUGCCCCCGACAUUGCUGGCAUGGGUCUCGCUAACCCUACCGCCCUUCUUCUCAGCUCCAUGAUGAUGUUGCGCCACAUGGGUCUCACCCAGGAGGCCGCUCGCGUCGAGAAGGCCAUCUUCGACACCCUCGCCGAGGGUAAGGCUCUCACUGGUGAUCUCGGCGGCAAGGCCAAGACUGCCGAGUACGCCAACGCCAUCAUCCAGAAGCUGUAAAUAGAUAUCCCCUUGUAACACAUUUCCCUAUGUUUUGUUCAAGACUUUGAUUUACUGUUUUUUUUACGUCUUGCGGCUGCCUCUUUCUUCCCUUUCUUCUAUUCUCAGCACUCGCGGAUUUCUCAGCAUACAAACUACAUCCCUUACAUCAUCCGUCGAGCAAUCACGACAACCGACCCAAAAGAAGACGAAUACCUUCUCACGCAUCCUCUGGUGCGAGGGAACACAUACACUACCGAUAAAAAAAGAAUAGCAAAGAAUAGAAGACGCAUGGCCGAGAGAGAAAGAGAAAGAAAGCUACCCCAAUCACCAAACCGAUUAACGUUGCUAGCACCGACGCCGACGCGUUCGCAGUGUACGACUAGAUGAUUGAAAAUGGAGUGACGACGAGAGGGCUGCACCAUGGUAGCAUAUCGGAUUGCAGCGUCUUGCUUUCGCUGGCAACAGCGCUGGAGCUGUUAUUCUAUUUAGAGGCAUUAGCAUAACGCGGCCUUUGAAAUAUAACACCGACUUUUUUUUUCCUUGACUGAAUAUGUGCUUUCCUAUUUGAUGUAUAUACGUGAAUCCUUAAGAGAUACAUAGUGUGCCCAACGGGUAGGCCUAUAAAAGCAAUACUUGUCCCAGAAUGAAGGAGCCACGCUGCACGUUCUCUUGCAAGACAAACCAAAACGCCACAGCGUACUUGACAUGCCUGCUUCCAUGCCACAUCUCGCACAAAGCAUAUGAUAAAAAAGAGAUAACAAGAAAAGAAAAAAUACAAGAAAAAGAAACCAACUAGAGUUCCUCCCUUGGGUGCUGCAACACGUGUUCCAUCCAGAAUGUCUCGUUGUGCGGAUGAACAACCUCAUUCAUCCCGUCGCUAUGGAACCCAAAGAACAUGUAGAUGUGAUGGAUGAUCAAUAUAUACAAGGCGAUGACGCAGAGGAACAAGAAGCACUGCACAUUGGGAUCUGACGGUUUCCAGUCCGACUCUGCAAACUUUUCGUACUUGUAUCGCCUGCGCGGACGCUCGCGCAGUGGGAUGUUAUCCAUGCCCCUCAAGUAUUCCGCAUUAUCCUUGCUGUCGUCUUUCUCUUCCGUCAUUCUCUUGCGAUGCCUGCUUCUUGAGUGGCGUUUCGACUUUUUCUGCGGCUUUUCAUCCGUCGUUUCCUUCGUAACCGGUUUGUAUUUGUCACCUCCAGGCUCAUCAGCGAACCAUUCAUCCAAUACAUCGCCGUUCUUCAUGGACGUCGAUUUCCUAAUCAGGCGGCUCUCGCGGGUACCACGGCUAGGACGCUCUGCAAAGCGCGACCACUUCCAUGCAUCUGGCGAGCGGCAGGACCCAAGCAUGUGGUAAACAUAGGCGAUGAUCUUCCACGCUGCUCGGCCCUGCGCAUCCGUGCAAGGUAUUGCCCGGCAAGUGUAGUCCGUGGCACACAUUUCGCACGACCCCUCGACUUGUUCGUUGUAAAUCAUCGCGCGAAAGUGAUACCACGAGGGCUCUCGCUUGUGCAGAGUAACUGAUUCUUCAUGGCGAUGGUUUGACUGGCGCUCUGGCGGUGGCGUGAUGAGCUUUGUAUGAGAGCACAGACGGAACUUGUUUCGAACCAGCGCCUCCUGGAACUGCUCCAUCCGCUCGUAAGGGACUGUAAAGGUAUAUGUUCGUCGCAGCAAUAAGCGCAGAUCGCGUAUCUUAGCUUCGGUUUCGCAGAGCAAUGUGGAAGGACCGCAUGCAACGGUAUACGGUUGGCAAAUACUCGACAAGGGUAGGCCAAAGUUUGGGCCGUAAAUAUGGGCGUUCAUGACGAGUCGAGCGUGUGUCCACGAGAGAGGGUAUUGGUUUCGCAUGGGACAGAAGUAGUCAUCACCAUCGCAUUUAAGGACCUUAUUGUCCGCGAGUUUCGGCGACGGGGCGCACUCUGACGUGAGGGGAUGCAGCUUGGAACAUGGGAAGCAAUAGUAGUGCUGCUUUGCAUGGCGAUCACGCUCGUGCAUGAUGAGCAGCCUUUCUCGCUGAUGUGGCAAGGUGCACCCCACACCGUUUGCGAAGAAGAAGUAGUAACAUUCUCUAUUGACAAGAGAAAGGCACAGGCGAGAGGGAGUAUCGAGAUAGCGGGCUAGGAUGUGUAGCACAUCGCCUGGCAGAUCGUUGAAUCCGGCUCGCUUGGGCGUUCGAUGACGACGAGAGGGCUUGCGGCGGCGGCGGCGGGGGACUGUGCGAGAGGGCUUUAGCCUUGCGUCAUCCUCUGAAUCCUCGCGGUGAUGGCUUCGAUGCGAAGCGUAAGGAGGGCUGCUGGAGAGGAAGCGGGAGUUGAGGGGAUAGAAGUCGUCCCAGCCUGCCUCUGGGUGGAACAUAUCCAAAGCGAUGGCGCUCAUUGUGUAUCAAUAGCUUUGCCGUGGCAGUAUUCAAAGCUGCAUAACUGACGGGGCAUGUCCCAGGAUAAUUUGGUAACGCUCGUUCGCUAUCCUGGAUUGUGUUGUUGGUUGGUUAGCUGGAUGUCCAAGCGAAGGAGGUUGUUGGUUGGUUGAGCCGACCGGCGCAGAGCAGAUCUGUGGGGAGAUGUGACGAG